AUGUGCGGGUCAAAAACAGUUCACAUCAAAACUUUUGUUUUUUUGGAUUUUGAAACAACCGGGCUUUUUCCAGAAGAACCACUAAAUCCUCUUUUCUUUCAUCAGAAACCAGGUGAUACUGAAAGAAAUGCAAGUCGUUUGCUAGAUAACUACAUUUCAACAACUAACCCUCGAAAAGCUCCACGAAUAACAGAACUGAGCCUGAUAUCCAUUUCGAGAGCCCGUGUAGAAGGAGCUAUAGCAGAAAUUGCCUCUCAGUAUGGUGAAGAAGAAAGUGCUUCAUUUGAUGCUCCACCAACUUGUCCUGUUGUGAAACUUCCUUGUAAUGUUCAUACUAGACAGAUAAACCCGGAAUUAGACGAAGCCGCAUGGGUUGAGUAUGGGAUGAGAAAGAUAGGAAAGAAUGCACUUAUUUACUCGCGUAACGAUUUAGAAGAGAAGAAUAAGUUUGCUGUUGAGUGGGAAGGUGUUAAGCUGUUUCUUGACCAGUUACCAAAACCAGUUUGUGUACUGGCUCAUAAUGGAAUAAAAUACGACUUCCGUGUUCUUCAUGCAGAAUUGUUAAGAGCAGGCCUCCUGCAGUCAAACCCAUUUUCUUCUGACAUAUAUUUUGUCGAUUCAUAUCUUAUGUUCAUGGAUUUAGAAAAGGAAAUUCACGAUGACCUAAGAACAUUAACCCAAAUAGUUGACUGGAGACUUGUUUCGACUUCGUCAAAGGAUCCUGCCAGUAUUAAUGGCCAUUAUCCUGCUCCAGAGGUAAAUCGUGAGGAUAGUGGCUUUAACGGAAGAAAUCAAAUUUUUCGUUCUUUAUCUACCACCGGAGUUGACGAAACCGUAAAAAUUACAAAAGCGACUUGGCUAGAGCAGUAUUCAACGCCAAAAAAAUCGAUGCCACAAUGCGGAACAUCUAAUGAACAGGCAAAGUAA